AUGGCUACAACAUUAGCAUCAUCGAAAGACGAAGGUCUGAUAGAAACUCAUACAUAUCCAAUAACUACAACAUCGGAUAUGAAACCAAAUGAUGAUAGUGUCGAUAUAUGUAGUUGGAUUUUAAUUGGUCUCUCGUAUUUACUAAUGAUUAUUACAAUUCCUGUUUCAUUAAUUUUAUGUAUUAAGGUUGUUCAAGAAUAUGAACGAGCAGUUAUCCUUCGUUUAGGUCGGAUUUUGUCAGGUGGUGCUAAAGGACCUGGUCUAUUUUGUAUAUUACCUUGUGUUGAUACGAUCGUUAUAGUUGAUUUGCGAACAACGACAUUCAAUGUUCCACCGCAAGAAGUUUUAACACGUGAUUCAGUUACGGCUUCUGUUGAUGCAGUUGUUUAUAGUCGAAUUUUCAAUCCAGUUAUUAGUGUAACAAAGGUUACAAAUACUCAAUAUGCUACACAAUUACUUGCACAAACAACAUUACGUAAUAUACUUGGUACAAAAACACUUCAAGAAAUUCUUUCUGAUCGUGAAGCAAUUGCACAUAGUAUGCAAAUUCAUCUUGAUGAAGGAACUGGUCCAUGGGGUGUUAAAGUUGAACGUGUUGAAAUUACGGAUGUUCGUUUACCACAAUCAAUGCAACGAUCAAUGGCUGCUGAAGCUGAAGCAAGUCGUGAAGCGCGCGCAAAAGUUAUUGCUGCCGAAGGUGAACAAAAAGCAUCGAGACAAUUGAAAGAAGCUGCUGAUGUUAUUGCUCAAUCGCCUAUCGCUUUACAACUUCGAUAUUUACAAACAUUAACACAAAUAUCAGCAGAAAAAAAUUCAACCAUCAUUUUUCCAGUUCCUAUUGAAUUACUCAAUCUCGUCAAACGUUAA